CCCCUCUCUCAUCUCAUCUUCCAAUCUGCUUCAAAAACACAACUCACACUCUCCCUUCUCUCUCUCUCUUUAUCUCUCUCUAAAAUACAUCACAUCACAACACAACAAUGGAACCAUGGCUCGACGACCUCGCCGACGACUUACAGAGCAUGAGUUUCAACUCCACCACCACCGCCACCGACAUCCACCGCAGCACCAGCUCCGGCUCCGAGACAACCUGGACUGCCGCUUCCUCCUCCGUCAGCCACCUCGGCCCCGCCAUCGCCACCGCAGCCGCAAAGCCCCACACUCCCUCCGGCAAUCCUUGCUGGGACGCAAUCCGCCGCGCCAGAUCCGAAUCCUCCUCGGGCCAAAUCUCCCUCCCGGACCUCCGAUUCAUCCACCGCCUCGGCUCCGGCGACAUCGGCUCGGUCUACUUGGCUGAGCUCAAGUGCGGAGCCAUCAACGGAGAAGCAGUGUUCGCAGCGAAGGUGAUGGACAAGAAGGAACUAGCGAGCCGUAAUAAAGAAGGAAGAGCGAGGACAGAAAAGGAAAUUUUGGAAAUGUUGGACCAUCCGUUCUUGCCAACGCUCUACGCGACGUUGGAAUCGCCAAAGUGGUCCUGCCUACUCACUGAGUUCUGCCCCGGCGGCGACCUCCAUGUCCUCCGCCAGCGUCAGCCCUGUAAACGCUACCCCGAAUCCGCCGUCAGGUUUUAUGCAUCAGAGGUAGUGGUAGCACUAGAAUAUGUUCACAUGAUGGGCAUUGUCUACCGUGAUCUCAAGCCUGAAAAUGUGUUAGUCCGAUCGGAUGGCCACAUCAUGCUCACCGAUUUUGACCUCUCGUUGAAAUGCGAUUCCUCUACAUCGACGCCUCAAAUUUUCUCCCGUCAAAACCCCCUUGCUCCACCCCCGCCAAGUGAGUACAUGUUGGACCCACCGGCUUUCACGUCUACGUCAUGCAUUCUUCCCAAUUGCAUUGUCCCUGCCGUGUCAUGCUUCCAUCCUAAGCGCAAGCGCAAGAAGAAGCCAGGCCACCACGGUGGGCCUCAGUUCGUGGCUGAGCCGAUGGACAUCCGGUCGAUGUCAUUUGUCGGGACCCACGAGUACCUGGCACCGGAGAUUGUGUCCGGGGAGGGCCAUGGUAGUGCAGUGGAUUGGUGGACACUAGGGAUAUUUAUGUUUGAAUUAUUGUAUGGUGUGACACCUUUUAAAGGGUUGGACAAUGAGCUAACCCUAGCUAAUAUUGUUGCUCGAGCGCUAGAAUUCCCUAAAGAGCCCACCAUCCCGGCCAACGCCAAGGACCUCAUAUCACAGCUGUUGGUUAAGGAUCCGGACAGGCGAAUGGGGUCCACAAUGGGUGCGUCGGCAAUCAAGCACCAUCCAUUCUUCCAAGGGGUCAAUUGGGCUCUCUUGAGAUGUACAUCCCCACCCUUCGUUCCUCCACCAUUUAAACGUGAUGUUGUCUCUGAUGAAAGUUGCCCGGACACCCCGGUGGAAUAUUACUAGUGUUAAAUAGGGCAUUUAAAAAAACCUCAUUAACAGUUUAUACAAUUGGUGGGGUUAAUAGUUGCAUUUUGAUUUUUCUUCUCCGUUUUUGGAACUUAAUUUUGAUUCAUGAGUCAUUUUGGGUUGGUGAAAAUGCCUUCUUACUGUGUAAAUUCUCAAUUCAAUAAUAUUUAAGUCACAGAAAUAGAUUACAUGAAA